CCGGAGGACAAAUCCCCCCGGCAGAGCCUGGUGGGAGAGGCCGUUUUGAAGGGCUCCACGCCGCAGGAAGGCAACGGGGAGGAAAAGGGCCGGAGAUCCCCCCGCAGGAGGGGCUCCAAAGCCAGCCCAGGGUGCUCUGAGGAGGAAAGACCCAGCCUGUGCCAGGAAGGCGGCCAGAGCUUGAGGCAGAGCUGUGACCUGGUGGUCCCUGAGCAGCCUCCCAGCAGGCAGAAGCCCUUUAAGUGCUUGGAAUGUGGGAAGAGCUUCACUAAGAGCUUCAGCCUCAUCCGACACCAGCACAUCCACACUGGGGCCCGUCCAUACACGUGUGGGGAAUGUGGGAAGAGCUUCAGCCAGAGCUCCAACCUGAUCCAACACCAGAGCAUCCACACUGGGGCACGGCCCUACACAUGUAGGGAAUGUGGGAAGAGCUUCAGCCAUAGCUCAACCCUCCGCAUCCACCAGCAUAUCCACACUGGAGAAUGUCCCUACACAUGUGGGGAAUGUGGGAAGAGCUUCAGUGACAGCUCCACCCUCCGCAGACACCAGUGCAUCCAUACUGGGGAACGGCCCUACAAGUGCUUGAAUUGUGGGAAGAGGUUUCCGACCAGAGGGAAUCUCCUCAGGCAUGAGCGGACACACACGGAUGAGAGGCCCUUCCGCUGCACCGACUGCGGGAAGAGCUUCAACCAGAAUUCCCACCUCAUCAGGCACCGGCGCAUCCACACCGGGGAGAGGCCCUACAAGUGUGGGGAGUGUGGGAAGAGCUUCCCCAGGAGCUCUACCUUGACCUCACACCAACGGACCCACCGGUAA